AUGGGGGAGGUGGGCAGCUUCCUGGGAUCGCUGGAGCUGGAGUGGGCCGGCUGGGCCUCGGCGUCGCUGGGGGGCGCCCCGUCGGGCCCGAGCGGCGACUCCUCCUCCUCCUCCUCCUCGUCCUCGUGGUCGCCGGGCUUGCUGGCCGAGCGGCUGGGCCAGAUCGAGGGGCGGCUGCAGCGGGGCUCGCCCACCGACUUCGCCCACCUCAAGGGCAUCCUGCGCCGCAGGCAGCUCUACUGCCGCACCGGCUUCCACCUCGAGAUCUGCCCCAACGGCACCGUGCACGGCACCCGCCACGACCACAGCCGCUUCGGGAUUUUGGAAUUCAUUAGCUUGGCUGUAGGGCUGGUUAGUAUCCGUGGGGUGGACUCUGGACUCUACCUUGGGAUGAAUGAGCGAGGCGAGCUGUAUGGAUCGAAGAAGCUCACAAGAGAGUGUGUCUUCCGUGAGCAGUUCGAAGAAAACUGGUACAAUACUUACGCCUCGACUCUAUACAAGCACUCAGAUUCCGAGAGACAAUAUUAUGUUGCUUUGAACAAGGACGGCUCACCCCGAGAAGGAUACAGGACUAAGAGACACCAAAAAUUCACUCAUUUUUUGCCAAGGCCCGUAGAGCCCGCUAAGAUCCCCGCCAUGUACAGAGACCUCUUCCACUACAGGUGACCUUCUUGGCCGGUCGAGCAGCCAGCAUCUCUCCCUUGGGCUCUCGCGGUUUCUAUAGUCAUCCCACGCUCCUUAUCCAAGUUUAGGCAACAGCAAAGCACUGCAAGGAAUCCAGAUAUUGCUCAGUUCUCUGGGUUUUCUUGUCAAAGAUCAAGGCGGAGGGUGUUUGUGUCGGAUGGAGGCAGAAGCAGGAUGAGGAGAUAUGCAGGCGAUUGUUCAAGCCUUGGGUGACUUUAAUAACUGGAGAGCUCUGAGAAAAGCAAAUGUUCCAGCAGAGAAAAGAUCAUUUCUGAAACUAAAACCAGCAACAUGAUGAAGAUGAAUGAAGACCACAGAAAGGAGUAAUCCACUGUUCAUGUUGGAAUGGCUGCAUCUUGCAGAGCCUUUUCCAGUGGUAUCAGAGGGCCGCCGUCUGUCCUCCUUGGAAUCUGCUGGAGUGGUCACCAUAGAGCGGCCAUAUUUUGCCAGCCUCCAGCUCAUGGACUUCCAUGGGGAGGAAACCAGAAGGGGGGGGGGCGGAGAAAUGGAGGUGAAGCCUGACAGCAGGGGGGCCUGGAUCCUGAGGGGCAUGGGGGAGGCUCCUACUGUUGGGCGGGGGGAACAAACAUUCUUGAGAUGUAAACGUAUUUUCAUAAGGACAAAUUUAUUUAUAAAGUGUAUAUUAUAUUUAUUUUAUAUAUUUAUUUAUUUUAGAAAAAGUAUUUUAUUUUUAAAGUAGAGUUAUUAUGGUCCAACUUUCAACAGAAAACAAGAACUUACUGAAACAAGAAGGGGGUCGUGGUGCUGAAUUUUAAAGAGCUUAUUGGCAAUAAAAAUUCUUUAUAUAUUG